GCAUGAUGGCGGCGGCACGCAGUUUCCCGCUGGCCGUGUGUCAGGCGAGUGUGCGGUCAGGCUGGACUGGCUGACUGUGGCGACACACGCAUCCCACACACACGAGACCGAGAGCGCGCGGGGGUCCCCACGUUGUAACGCGGCCGCCGCCGCCGACGCCGUCGGUGAUGCCGUCGUCCGCGCGAUGCGAGCCGGCGCGCGCGAGUUUACCGUCGCCGCCGCCGCUGCCGACGUCGUCGCCGAGGUGAACAGUGCCGCUGGUUUUGGUGAAGCGUGGUGUGGUGCGACUCCAAGUGAGGUGACUUUCCCACCGCCUUCUUCGGCAGGAUAACACUCGCUUGCGGCGGCUGCACGCGACCAGGAUACGCGUACCAUAAUGUCACUUUUAAGCGUCACAGUUAAAAAGGCUCACUACGUCGGAGCUCCCGGAGCAGCGCAAUUUAACUCAUACGUCACAUUGAAACUUCAAAACGUAAAAUCGACGACGGUGACCGUGAAGGGUGCGUCGCCAUGCUGGGAACAAGAUUUUCUCUUCGAAACAAACGAUCUGAACACUGGCCUGCUGAUCGAGGUCUGGAGCAAGGGGAUGAUCUGGGAUCGCGCUAUGGGCUACCACUGGCUGCCUCUGCAGGGAAUACCGUACACUACCAACCAAGCGGAAGCGGCGAAGUGGCUGUCCCUGGACGCGGAGCUGGUGAUGCGCGACAGCGAAGUGGUGGGUACCAAGAAUCCAACAGGCAAUUCGCUGCUAGUCGAGUGCCGCUUCGAGUUGCCCUUCGGGGUUCUCGCAUCUUUAAUAGCCAGAAAUGUGUUACUAUUGAGGAUAGACGCUGCGACCCUCCCACGGGAUGGCGCAGCUUGUUGGCGGAUGCGCAACUCGUGCGCCCUGCCGGUGGUGGCUGGGGCGCCGCCGUCGUCUCCGUUCCCGAAACUAGCGCUUCCAUAGAUCCGGAGAACAUAGAGGCGUCCGAUCUGCAGAAGAAGCUCGAGCUGCUCAACAACAUCAUGGACCCGGAAGCUAGAGCCGAACAGGCACGCAGGCAGAUGCAGUACUUCGGACAUUCUGGUUACUCGGAGGACAGCG